CGCGGGAGGAAUAAAUUUCUCUGUGAUUGGUUGGUCCAGGAUUUCAAACCCGAGCUGGAAGCGCGGUGCUGCUCUGCCGUUGGGUGAGGCGCGGAGGGAAGUAAGUGGAAGGCGGCUCAAGUGGGUCCGGGCGGACCCGGCCAGGUGGGCGCUAGAGGCUGCGAGAACAGAAAGAUGGAUACGACGAUGCUGAAUUUGCGGAAUCUGUUUGAGCAGCUUGUACGCCGGGUGGAGAUUCUCAGCGAAGGAAAUGAACUCCAAUUCAUCCAGUUGGCAAAGGACUUUGAGGAUUUCCGUAAAAAGUGGCAGAGAACAGACCACGAGCUGGGGAAGUACAAGGAUCUUUUGAUGAAAGCAGAGACUGAGCGUAGUGCUCUGGAUGUUAAACUGAAGCACGCACGCAAUCAGGUGGAUGUCGAGAUCAAACGGAGACAGCGAGCUGAGGCUGACUGCGAGAAGCUGGAAAGACAGAUUCAGCUGAUUCGAGAGAUGCUCAUGUGUGACACAUCUGGCAGCAUUCAACUAAGCGAGGAGCAAAAAUCAGCUCUGGCUUUUCUCAACAGAGGCCAGCCGUCCAGCGGCAAUGCUGGGAACAAAAGAUUAUCAACUAUUGAUGAAUCUGGUUCCAUUUUAUCAGAUAUCAGCUUUGAUAAGACUGACGAAUCACUGGAUUGGGAUUCUUCUUUGGUAAAGACUUUCAAACUGAAGAAGAGAGAAAAGAGGCGCUCUAGUAGCCGACAGUUCAUUGAUGGUCCCCCAGGACCUGUAAAGAAGACUCGUUCCAUUGGCUCCACAGUAGACCAGGGGAAUGAAUCCAUAGUUGCAAAAACUACAGUGACUGUUCCCAAUGAUGGCGGGCCCAUCGAAGCUGUGUCCACAAUUGAGACUGUGCCAUAUUGGACGAGAAGCCGAAGGAAAACAGGUACAUUACAACCUUGGAAUAGUGACUCCACCUUGAGCAACAGGCCUCUGGAGCCAAGGACUGAGACAGAGAGUUCUGGCACUCCACAGAGCAAUGGAGGGAUGCGCCUGCAUGACUUUGUCUCUAAGACGGUUAUUAAACCUGAAUCUUGUGUUCCAUGUGGAAAACGGAUAAAAUUUGGCAAGCUAUCUCUGAAGUGUCGCGACUGUCGUGUGGUCUCUCAUCCAGAAUGUCGGGACCGCUGUCCCCUUCCCUGCAUUCCUACCCUGAUAGGAACACCUGUCAAGAUUGGAGAGGGAUUGCUAGCAGAUUAUGUGUCUCAGACUUCUCCAAUGAUCCCCUCCAUUGUUGUCCAUUGCGUAAAUGAGAUUGAGCAGAGAGGGCUGACUGAGACAGGCCUGUACCGGAUCUCUGGCUGUGACCGGACAGUGAGAGAGCUGAAAGAGAAGUUCCUCAGAGUGAAAACCGUACCCCUCCUCAGCAAAGUGGAUGACAUCCAUGCUGUCUGUAGCCUCCUGAAGGACUUCCUCCGAAACCUCAAAGAACCCCUUCUGACUUUUCGGCUAAACAAGACUUUCAUGGAAGCAGCAGAAAUCACAGAUGAGGACAACAGCAUAGCUGCCAUGUACCAGGCUGUUGGUGAACUGCCCCAGCCCAACAGGGACACAUUAGCUUUCCUCAUGAUUCACUUGCAGAGAGUGGCUCAGAGUCCAAACACUAAAAUGGACGUGGCCAAUCUGGCUAAAGUCUUUGGGCCUACCAUAGUUGCCCAUGCUGUGCCCAAUCCAGAUCCAGUGGUAAUGUUGCAGGACAUCAAGCGUCAGCCCAAGGUGGUAGAGCGCCUGCUUUCCCUGCCCCUGGAAUACUGGAGUCAGUUCAUGAUGGUGGAACAAGAGAACAUUGACCCCAUACAUGUCAUUGAAAACUCAAAUGCCUUUUCAACACCACAGACGCCGGAUAUUAAAGUGAGUUUACUGGGGCCGGUGACCACUCCUGAGCAUCAGCUCCUCAAGACUCCUUCAUCUAGUUCCCUGUCGCAGAGAGUGCGCUCCACCCUCACCAAAAACACGCCCAGAUUUGGGAGCAAAAGCAAAUCUGCCACCAACCUAGGACGACAAGGCAACUUCUUUGCUUCUCCAAUGCUCAAGUGAAGCCCCGUGUCCUGUUGCUUGCCAGCAUUUACUGACUGCAAGGAAGGCCGCACCUUCUCUCCGCAGCCUCUUGUACUCAUUACUACUUUUAGCAUUCUCCAGGCUUUUAAUCAAGCUUAAUUGUGCACGGGGGUUUUAUUAAAACUAUAUAUAUCUCCCUCUCUUUCUCCUCCGGUAAUGUAAUAUCAACACCUUGUGCUGUCGUUGUUGGGAGCUUCUAGAUGGGAGAUCUUUAUAGUGGUAGAAGGGAGAAUUAUGGAGUUCACUGUGAUUUUGCGGGGGAGGGAGGCUGGAGUGGACCCAUCCCUCUGGCUUAAAACUGAAUGCUGCUCAUGGACUGAUCUUUCUCUGGUAUUAUUUAGAACUAAUUUCCUUGAGACAAUGACAAAAGCCACACCUCUUUGGUAAGACUGAUAUCUCAGGGUGGGAGGUGGGAGGGCAGGGUAAAGAAAAGUUGGACAGAGGAUUUAGGAUGGCUCCUUCUGAGGACUUGGAGGUCCCCUUCCCCCUGUAUGAACUAAGCUGUAACGUGGAGCCUUCAUAAAAAUGGGAUAGGAUGAGGACAGAACUAGCGAUGGGGGUGUGCUUAGCUUUGAUUCGGAUUGAUUAGGUUUAAUAGUGUUAAGUGGCAUAACCUUGUAAAAGUGAUACUACAACUUGAGUUGAUCUCUGAUGGGCUUCUGGCUGGACUUUGGAUUUGGUUGGGGUCAAAGCUGGUUUGUGUUUCAGUUGAAUUCAUUCUGUUGCUUGACCCCCCUUCCCCUUGUCCAUUGGAGCCCUACUUCUAAAAGUCACAUGCCAUCUAUUUGGCGUCCCAGUUCACAAUUAAGAGUAGGCUAUAAGGGGAGAUUGUCAAUAUUUUGUGUGGCAAGAAAAGCCACAGUCAUGCUGUCUUUGCACUUUGGUUGCUAAAAAUCUUCCUAUGGAACAUAGCCACAUCUAGAUAAAUAUGGAAUUUUUAUUAAAAUUAUUUCCAGUGUCUAUAAAAAAUGCUUUCUUCUGUAGCAUGUUUUUGAUCCAUAGUGACCUUUGUCUGUAAAACACAUAUUUAGAAUAAUAUUUGGAAAAAAGUAAGUCUUUUUUUUUUUUUUUUUUCCCCAAAAAGACUGUGAGGUUGGUGUUCUUAUCCUGGGAGGUAACCUUCAGCGCCUUUUUAAAGAAAAUAUUUUCCUCAA